AUGUUUCCUCCUGAUGAGAAGAUUACAAACAGCACUUGUUACCGGGAUCAGCAUCCUCACACUAUCCUUUAUAACAUUUUGAGCUGGAGGGACAGCAACUACCUCAACAACAAACUGAACUCCAUGCCACACAGCUGCCACUGUGAGCACAGGAGGGCAGUUUGCCUGAAGGAGCCAGAAGCCACCUGCCAAGUUGCCUCCAAUGUGCUGGUCAAAACCAUCUGCUUCAUGAGAAGUUUACCAUCCUUCAGCCAGCUUCCGUCCGGAGAUCAGACAGCGCUGUUAAAACACUGCUGGGUUCCUUUAUUUGUUCUGGGGCUUGCACAAGAAAAGAUAGUGUUUGAAGUGACUGAUGCACCGAAUUCAAGUAUCCUUAGACAGAUUUUGCUCAGACAGGGACUUUCUGAGAAGGAGGCUGACCAGCCAACUCUUGCCGGAGUCCACAGACUGAGAACUUGCUUGCGUCAGCUGUGGAAUCUGGACCUCAACCUGAAGGAAUAUGCUUACCUGAAGGGUGCUGUGCUGUUCAACCCAGUCGUUCAAGGAUUGAGCGCCAUGUUGCUGAUUGAGGGCCUCCAACAGGAAGCUCAGAGAGCUCUCCAUGAAGUCAUCUGCCUCCUGCACCCAGAGGACGCCAGUCGCUUCGGACACAUCCUUCUAGCAGCCUCUGCCAUUCAGAAUAUCAACCACAGCUUAGUCACAGAGCUCUUCUUCAAGCCAAUUAUUGGCAACACCAGUAUGAUACGUUUACUAACAGAGAUGUUAUUUGUCCAGUAA